ACGCCGAUAGGGAUAUACGUGAAUCAAACUUGUAAUAAUAAUGAUGUUAUCGAUAUCAACACUUGUUUACUCGUUCGGUGGCAUGAAGAAAUUGUUCUCAGUAACACUUCGGCUCCUGUGACAAUCACACAUCAAAAUUAAUAAAUACAUUUUAGCCCUUUCCUUACCAAUGCAGUUGCGCUGUAAAUGCAACAAACUCUUUGAAUUCUUUAUUUGACAAAAGCUACAAACUAAAUACAUUUUUGGAUCGUGACGUGAUCGCCAAAAUAUUUAUCUAGUCGAAGAUCUCAUUUAAUAUUAAUAUUAAAUGGCCAACAUGUUAAUAAGGACUAGACAAGUGCGUAAAUUUAGAGUUGCAAUAAUUAUAAGAGUGGUUCUGUUCUUUGGUUUGCCGUCCUGUUAUUUCCUGGCUCGCAAUGUUACGAGCACUUCACCAGAACUUUCUAUUAAACAAUUCAGAGUAACUUCAGGGUCCAUCAGCAGCUACUCCUCCCGCCACCUACUGGCGGUGGCCGAACCGCAAAAGAACUGCACGCCUGCUGCCAUUUUGGAAUUCCCACCAGACGGGUUCACCCGACCUCAGAGGCAACAUGGUUUUAUAGUAAUACAUUGUGUUCUGGCGAUCUAUUGCUUUCUCCUGCUGGGUGCGGUGUGUGAACAAUACUUCGUGCCAGCGAUCGAGAUCAUAUGCGAACGACUGGAGAUGGAGGAGGACGUGGCCGGCGCAACGUUCAUGGCGGCGGCCAGCUCCAGCCCCGAGCUAUUCAUCAACUGCGUAGGCACGUUCGUCACCGAGGGCGACCUGGGCGUGGGCGCCGUCGUCGGCUCCGCCGUGUUCAACGUGCUCGCGGUGCCCGCUUGUUGCGGCUUCAUCGCCGGGAAGGCUAUCGAGCUGGACUGGUGGUCCGUGUCCCGCGACUGCCUCAUGUACGCCGUGGCCGUGGUGGCGCUCAUCCUCACGCUCCUCGACGACAAGGUGCUCUGGUACGAAGCGCUGAUGCUCGUGCUCAUGUACACUUUUUACAUACUGGCUAUGGCAUUCAACGAGCGUCUGGGAUCCUUCGUGAGAAGUGGAUGUUUUUAUUUGAAUAAGCCCAAAAUGUAUAGUGAAAUAACCCCUCUUCUUGCUAAAGGUACAGAGAAAAGCUAUUCAGUAGUUACAGACAACAAUAACAAUCACAACUCAUUUAAUAAAAUAAAUCAUCGUCUCGACUUGGAAAACAGUAUAGAAAUGGCAAGAAGGCACAAUUCAAGUGACUCAGAGUCGAACUCCAGUGCCAUAUGGCCGUGGCCAGGGGAAAAGUCAUCGAGGUGGCGUAAGGCGCUGUGGGUACUGACGUGGCCUAUCAGCCUGCUACUGUGGCUGAGCGUGCCCGACUGCCGCCACCGCCGUUCUCUCUAUCCGCUCACCUUUCUCAUGUGCAUCGUUUGGAUCGGCGGCGUCUCUUAUCUAGUAGCAUGGAUUAUCACUAUCAUAGGUGACACUCUCGAUGUUCCCGACAGCAUCACCGGGCUGACGAUCCUAGCGGCGGGCACCAGCCUCCCCGAAGCCGUAUCCAGCGUGCUCGUAACCAACCAAGGGCAUGGAACCAUGGGUAUCAGCAACACGAUCGGCUCGAACACCUUCGACAUCCUUCUGUGUUUGGGGUUGCCGUGGCUCGUGAAGUCGCUAUUCUACCCAGCUUCACCAAAAAAUCAUUGGGUGGCAAUAAACUCUAGCGGGUUAUCGUACAGCGCUAUCUCGCUGCUGUCCACUCUCUUCGCUCUGUACGGGUCGCUGGCGCUGAACAAGUUCCGGCUCGACUGCAGGGUCGGCGUGGCCUGCGCGGCGCUGUACCUCGGCUACCUGGCCCUCGCUGCGCUCAUCGAGCUCAAUGUCUUCUUCCCAGUCAACCUGCCGGUCUGCCCGCAUUGAACUAAAGUUCCGGGGAAUAACAGUCUGUUUUCUGCACUUUUCCAAAAAUACUUCGAGUUGCUUCCGAAAAAAUGGACAGUCGUAAUUUUUCCUCUGUUAUCUUCAUCUGUUUUAUGCCGGAACCGAAAACUGGUACCUAUUUCCUUUUAGUACCAAUAACAUUUUACAAUAGUUAUUUACGAACCAGUGCAGAAAAUAGGAAAUUCGCAACGAGUGGUGAUAAAUUGAAACACGACCGAAGGGAGUGUUUUAAAUCGACACAAGUUGCGAAUUACCUAUUCGUACGUGUAUCGUACAACGUUUUACCGUACUCUCUCUCUCCUCAGCAUUAUUAUUCCCAUCUGAUUGUGGGGAUAAUAAUGAUAAUAACAACGUUUUACAUUACUUACAUAUAAUGGCUAUUUAAAGUUUCGACAUAUGCACAGAAAAUGCUCAUUCCCGCACGGGUGCGGGAAAGUAGCACCUUAUGUACUGUAAAAUCAAAGAAAAUGUAUCUAGUGCGACGUUGGUUUUAUAGUUACUAUUGAUUGUCUCUGGUAACCUGUUACUAUAUUCUACUCUAAACGGAAUGAAUAUGGAUAAAUUCUCUGGCAAAUGAAUUUUGGAUUUUUUUCUUAUAACAUACAAAUCUAAUUCAGUUAAAAUAUUAAUAAAAAUCUAUUCGAUAUGAUUUUUAUUACUAUUUUUAUUGUAAAUCAAGCUAGUUGGAAUGUUAUUAUGGCGGACGAUUUUUUUCAUUAAUUAUAUUAUUACUUUGUUAUAGUUAUUAAUUUGCUUGCAUGCGUGAUGAAAGAUGUUGUGUGUAAUACUUAUAUGAGCAACUUCUAAUUGUUGUUAAAAAACUACUACAUUUCAGAAAUGAAACCCUUUCUAUUUGACCUUCGUUAACAGUAAUGUGUUAACAGUGUUGGCCAUAACCUUAUUGCAAAAUGUUUACUUACUAAUUUAGAAUUAGGAAUAUUAUUUACAGAUAAGGAAUUUAAGUAUUUAAUAAAAGUAAGAUAUAAA